AUGAAGUUCGCCACUCCGACGACCUGCCUAGCGCUUCUCGCGCCUCUCAGCCGGACGACUACUGCAUGGAGCUUUUCCAAGUCACCCGGCGGCCCAACAUACGGUGAAUCAGGUCUAGCACCCGUCAUCCAGGAACUCGGCAAAGUCUCCAAGAGGCAGAGUGACGGUAGCACAGUCACUCCAUACCAACAGAACGGCUGGUCAAAAUGGGGUACCCUAGGCUAUGGAGCACUCUACAGCUGGAUGGGCGGAAAGACGCCGUGGGGUGGCAUCGACACCGUCAACUUCAAUCCCUUCACAGCUUCCAAGCAAAUCACUGGCACCCAGACUCGGACAUAUGUGCUGGCCGUCGGAGAGUGCGAUGUCAGGCCGGACGGUGUCAUCAAACGACACGCGCUUUGUGUCAACGGACAAUUCCCAGGACCUCUGAUCGAAGCCAACUAUGGUGACACACUCGUAAUCACCGUCAAGAACAACCUCAAGAACGAAGGCACGGCCAUGCACUGGCACGGUUUCUUGCAGACCAGCAAUUGCCUCAACGACGGCGUACCAGGCAUUCAACAGUGUCCCAUCGCUCCAGGUCAAUCAUACACAUACACCAUGAAGGCAGAGCUGUACGGUUCGGCGUGGUACCACAGUCAUUACUCUGGACAAUAUGCAGGAGGCGUCGUCGGACCCAUCGUCAUCUACGGCCCUGACAACUUGAGGCACGACUUCGAUAUUGGACCAAUCAUGCUCCACGAGUGGUACCGAGACGACUACAUGACGACCAUCAGAGGCUUGUUCCGCCCUCUAGCACAAGGUGGUCCGGUUCACCCAGAAGCCAACAGCAAUCUCAUCAACGGGAAGAUGCGCUUCGACUGCAGCAAGACGAGCCUGGAUUGCGCAGUAGCCUCGUAUGCCAAGUUCAGCUUCACCUCUGGCAAGAUCCACAAGAUGCGCCUAAUGAACGUCGGUGCGGGUGUCGUCCAAAAGUUUGCAAUCGACGGCCACAUCAUGACAGUCAUCGCCAACGACUACAUGCCCAUCGUCCCCUACAACACCAGCAUGAUCUCUCUAGGUGUCGGUCAGCGCGCCGAUGUCCUCGUCUACGGAUCCGGCAAGCCAGGGGAGAAGUACUGGAUUCGCACCAAUCUGAUCCAGUGCUCCUUCAACGACGGCCUCCAGACCGAAGCUCGCGCCGUCGUCUACUACGAAAAUGCCGACACCAACACCCUCCCCUCCGAGCCCUUCAACUGGGGUCCCACCAACAGCAGCGCGCCUCAACUCUGCGGUAACGAUCCUCUAAUCAACACGGUGCCCAGUUUCCGCAUUCGUGCUGCGGAGCCAGAUGUCACGCAGCGAUUCGACAUUCGUGCGGGAAGCAACGGUACCAACAUCGUCUACACUUUCGGCAACAGGACGUUCAGAGCAAACUUCAACGCACCGCUGUACUGGAAAGUUUUGAACAAUACUAUUCAUGAAGUUCCAAAAGAGCGGAAUCUCUGGAGUGUGGGUAAUGCCAACACGGUGAGGGUUGUGAUUUAUAAUUAUAACGAUCAGGGACAUCCGAUUCAUUAUCAUGGUCACAAUAUGCAAAUCCUCGCCGUCGGCAUGAGGGAAUGGGACGGCACCGUCGUUCGUGCCGCAAACCCGCAGCGAAGAGAUGUUCAAAUGAUGCCGCCUGCCACCAAGGAUGGUAUACCCAGCUUCCUCGUCGUGCAAUGGACUGUUGAUAAUCCAGGUGUCUGGCCCCUUCACUGCCAUUUCGCCUGGCAUUCUUCCAUGGGCCUCGUCAUCAACGUGAUGGAAAAGACGGACGAUGCGAGACAGAGACUUGUGGGUGCGGGACGGCAGAUCCGACAGACGUGUGAUGGGUGGAAUGAUUGGAUCAAGAAGACUGGCCCAUUGCUGACGGGCAUUGAUAGUGGGUUGUAG